AUGCGCUUUUCAGCUCUCGCUAUCCUCGCCGCCGUGCCUUUGGCCGUCGACGCUUACCCUCAGUACGCCAAACGCUACGCGUCACUGAACGCGGAAAAACGCGGAAAGUAUCCCAUCCUGAGGCGUGCAGCGGCACCGUACUCCGACCAAUACCCAUACACUGGAGCCAAGCUCGACGGACAGGCGGGCACCGGCAAAGGCGGAGUUCAGGUGCCCGCUCCUGGCGACACCGACCAUUACUAUCAAGAUCCUCCUCCUGGUGCUUUCCGUGGCCCUUGCCCCGGCCUCAACACGCUCGCCAACCAUGGCUUCCUCUCUCGUGACGGUAUCACCACCUAUACGGAGAUGGUGGCAGGUCUUCAGAAUGUCUACAACGUAGACUUUGCCACCGCCGUCGUGCUCACCCUGCUGGGCUUUGUCUUUGACGGCGAUCCGGUUUCUCAGAUGCUCUCCAUUGGCGGUGAGGCCGUCGACAGGACUGGCCAGCACGGGAACUUCACGGGCGAGUACGGCGGAGUGAGCCAGCACGGCACAUUCGAGCUUGACGUCUCCCUGACGCGGAACGACUUCUACCUCAACGGGGAUGCGUACAGCUUGAACGGCACUCUGUUCGGUCUGAUGGUCGAGACGGCGAAGAACACGUCCACUGCCGAGAACCCGCUGUUCGACUUCAACGCGAUGGCACUCUAUCGCUUGCAGCAGUACCAGCGUGCGCGUGUCGAGAACCCCUGGCUGUACGUCCCCCAGCUGGUGUUGCACAACUACGGCGCCGCGACUUUCUUAUACGAAGCCUUCCCCUCCUCGGCGAAGAACAACACCCCGGACCUUGAGACGAUCUCUUCCUUCUUCGGCGCCGUCCAGCUUGAAGACGGUACUUGGGGGCAUGUAGGCGAGCGUCCUCCCCCGAACUGGCACAACCGGGUCAUCCCUAUGAACCUCGCCGACGUGACCAACGGCAUCGACGCGCUGUACGCCGCCUACCCUGUUGACUUCGGGGCGAACGUCAAUGGUGUAUGGAUCCCUGCUAAUCAGAGCUAUACGCCCAGCACCCCGAGCAGGAAGAGGCAAGCGAGUGGCAGUGGAGGGGAUACGAACCUCAUCUGCGGCGCUUUCCAGGAGAUCUUUAUCACUGCUCAGAACUCCCCUCAGCCGUAUGCGAUGCUCGAGUUUAUCCUGGAAAAGGCGACGCCCGUUAUGGCCCCCUACAACUGCUCUAUCCCCGGCUUGACCAGCAGCAGCUAG